UCAUGCAGUUUAAGUAUUAACUUGUUGUUUGUUGUUGUUCUGUUGCUUUUUUUAGAAUGUUCAUAUCCGGAAGUAGAUAACGGGGGACCAAUUGGAAAUAUCUUUUAUGUGGACAGUAAACAAACUAUUCAAUGUAACUCUGGAUAUUCCAAAUUUGGUAGAAAGAUUAUAACGUGUCUGAGUAACCUAACAUGGACUGCUAUGCCAGAAUGCAGUAUAGAGUGCAGCGUUCCCGUCUUUGACAACGCCUACGUCGACGCUGACAUGGAACAAUAUCCUGCACGUGCUACAGUAACGUGUCAUGAAAAUUACGUAUCAACGAAGACUAACAGCAAGCUCUACAAUAUUACAGAAGAAUCUCUAAUAUGUAACAAGACUGGGUCAUGGAUUCCUGAUAUUACAUGCACUUAUUUUCUCAAUAUAUUUAACAUGGCGCUCUACAAGCCGGCACGCCAGAGCUCAACAUAUGUUGGAUUCGUAGCAAACUUGGCAACCGACGGAUUAUGGUAUCCGGACUUCAAUGAUGGGUCAUGCAUGCAUGCGGAUCUUCUUGAGGAGAGUUCCUGGUGGGAGGUGGAUUUACUGGAAACGUACUCAAUACGCCGUGUGGUGAUUCUUAUCAGAAAAUUUGCUUUAUUCGCCGUAAGGUUUCACGAUGUCACAAUAACUGUCGGAAUGAAGACUAAUCCGAAAGAAUUUUGCGCUUUUUACCAGGGACAUGAAGUGCACGACUCUCCUAUACACUUGUAUUGUGAACGUAGAAUAUUAGGGCGGUACGUCCGGAUCACGAAACUAAACGACAAAUACCACCAGGAUAACCUGGCCAUGUGUGAGGUCGGUGUUUACGAGGACUAG